AGAAGCGUGUACAUGCACGUUUGUGCUCUUGAGGUGCUCCUUUUCGGCCGGAAGAAAAGUAAAAAAAGUGAAAAAGAAGUUAUAACAGACACCAAAACAGAAAUAAACAGUCAGCGUGGCAUGGAAAAUGCAUUCCUCCGUUCCCGCGCUUUGGUGGGUGACCAUCUUGGUCUCGGCGGUGCCUUCGAAUUCGCUUAGAGGAGCCUUGAACAGACUCGGAAGGGUGGACGGCGUGACGAAGGCGCCCCUCCCGCCGCCUGUAUCCCCGGUCCUCCCUCGCUCCUUGACGGGCGGAGGCGAAGCAGAUACUCCGCACGCCUCACGCCUCAAAACCGUAAAUGCCAUCCCAGUGUCCUUGGUCGCGCAUGUGGACGAGUGUGGCAUAACUGUUGCCCUGGACAGCGGAGAGGCGGCGCUACUGUAUUCACGAAGCGACAGAUACGAAUACACAUGCAAGCAGACCUUCACGACCGUCGAUCCUCAAGCAAACCUGACCAUCACGUGCCAACAUUUUCGGCUCAAGUUCAACUGCUUUUUCGAGAGUCUCACGAUUGUGGUGGACGGCAAAGCCUCUACGUACUGCAUGGACGACCAAGUGGGCAAGCACCGAGGGAAAAACAUCAGCCUCUUCUACGAGCGCAAUUCCAUGGGAUUCAACGGGGGUUACGUGUGCACCGUGUCUUGCCAUGGGCCUCCUGUGGCCAUGGUUUCCGAGGAACCCGGCUGCCCGACCUGCGGCGUCACGGUUGCCAUGGAGACCAAGAAAAGCAAAGCGGCGGAUGAAAGGAUCGUCGGAGGCGUCAGCACUGUCAAGGGCGAGUACCCCUGGAUGGCUCACCUCAAGAUCACGGCCAAUCCCUCGAUGGAGUUCAUGUGCGGCGGCUCCCUCGUCACCGACAAACUCAUUAUCUCAGCUGCUCAUUGCUUAGAAUACGACGUGGUACAUAUUGAUGUGACACUGGGGAUGGUCGACACCAAGAUCGUGAUUGCGAGCGACUUGGUGCGAAUGCGGGCGACUGACUUCACGAUCCACGCCGACUACGACAGCUACAACAUCUACAACGACAUCGCCGUCAUCAAGUUGCCCAGAGCCGUCACCUUCACCGACACCAUCAGGCCGAUCUGCUUGCCUACGUCGGCGGACACGAUGGAGGGGGCCGUUGCUACAGCCACCGGGUGGGGGACGCUCUCCUUCUACGGAGAAGAAAGUCAGGUCAUGCAGGCGGUGGACCUGGAUGUGUGGAGCAACGACUUGUGCAGCAUGGCUUGGGCUAAGAUAUACAUGACCAUCGCCAGCACGCAGGUGUGUGCGCUGGGAAACGGGAAGGACACCUGUUCGGGCGAUUCUGGGGGGCCUCUGGCGGUGCAGGUCGACGGAAAGUACGUCCUGCUCGGCAUAACCUCCUACGGCCACGGCUGCGCGACGCCGGGGGUGCCGGGCGUCUACACGCGCGUGUCUUCCUACCUGACGUGGAUCGCGGCACAUGUAGAAGAGGGGUAUUGCCAAGGGGAUGGAGCUAAGAGAAAAUAGAAGAAGUGAGAAGAUGAAAAGAUAGAGAGAGAGAGAGAGGAGGAAGAAGAAGAAGAAGAAGAGAAAGAAGGAGAAGGUGAGGAAGAAAAUAUGAGGAAUACGAAGAAAAAGAAGAACCAGAAAAAAGACAAGAAUAAGAACAAGAAGUAGAAGAGGUAAGCGAAGGAGAAGAAGAGGAAGAAGAAGAAGAAGAAGAAGAAGAAGAAGAAGAAGAAGGAAAAACGGUAAUGGAAGGAGAAUGAAUAUAGAAAACGGUUACAGAUUUCACGAGAGAAAACGAAUAUUUUUUUGAAGGGUAACUCAAGAAAAUAUCACUCCCAGUUGAAUUACUAAAUUCAAGUGAUGUGAGAUCUGAAUGUGAAACCUACUGGCUCGAACAUAAUA